GAGCCACGUCUGCGGGUCCGAGAGUCCCUGGGUGGUUCCAGGCGCCGCGGCGAGGCCGCUUUUCUGUUCCGUGGAGGUGAGGGCGAGUCUUCUGGCAGAGGAAUCUCUGAAUCUCUGUGUGGAAUCUUCAUUUUUAGUUGAGAGUGGGCCAUUUUCAAUUUGUGCCGGGCCCAUCUGGAGCCAUAAUGGGAGGCAUGGAUUUAGAAGCUAUCACCAAACACUCAGCAGUGCAUGCCAAGCCCAAUGGACUCAUUCUUCAAUAUGGGACUGCUGGAUUUCGGACGAAAGCAGAGCAUCUUGAUCAUGUCAUGUUUCGCAUGGGGUUAUUAGCCGUUCUAAGGUCAAAACAGACACAAUCUACAAUAGGUGUCAUGGUAACAGCAUCACACAAUCCUGAGGAAGACAAUGGUGUCAAAUUGGUUGACCCUUUGGGUGAAAUGCUGGCUCCUUCCUGGGAGGAACAUGCUACCUGUUUGGCAAAUGCUGAGGAGCAAGACAUGCAGAGUGUGUUGUUGGACAUCAGUAAGAAAGCAUCUGUGGAUCUGCAACAAGAUGCCUUCAUAGUGAUUGGGAGAGAUACCAGGCCCAGCAGUGAGAAACUUGCACUUUCGGUAAUAGAUGGCAUCACUGUUUUAGGAGGUCAAUUUCAUGAUUACGGCCUUCUGACGACGCCACAGCUGCACUACAUGGUGUACUGUCGAAAUACCAGCGGCCAGUACGGGAAGGCCACCCUGGAUGGGUACUACCAGAAACUGUCUGCGGCCUUCGUGGAGCUUACCAAACAGGCUUCCUGCAGUGGAGAUGGGUCUCAGUCACUCAGGGUCGACUGUGCAAACGGCAUAGGGGCCCUGAAGCUGGGGGAAAUGGAGCGCUACCUCUCCCAGGGGCUCUCGCUUCAGCUGUUCAAUGUUGGGACUGAAGGGAGACUCAACCAUUUAUGUGGGGCUGACUUUGUGAAAAGUCAUCAGAAACCUCCACAAGGAAUGGAAAUGAAGUCCAAUGAAAGAUGCUGUUCCUUCGAUGGCGACGCAGACAGAAUUGUUUACUACUACUCUGAUGCGGACGGCCGCUUUCACCUCAUAGACGGGGACAAGAUAGCAGCACUCAUCAGCAGUUUCCUCACAGAGCUCCUCUUGCAGAUUGGAGAAAAUUUGAAUAUUGGUGUUGUACAAACUGCAUAUGCAAACGGAAGUUCAACACGGUUUCUUGAAGAAGUUAUGAAGGUACCAGUCUAUUGUACUAAAACUGGUGUAAAACAUUUGCACCACAAGGCUCAAGAAUUUGAUGUUGGAGUUUAUUUUGAAGCAAAUGGGCAUGGCACAGUACUGUUUAGUAAAGCUGCGGAAACAAAGAUAAAACAACUAGCAAAAGAAUCAGAAGAUGAGAAAAGGAAAGCUGCUAAGAUGCUUGAAAACAUCAUUGAUUUAUUUAACCAGGCAGCUGGCGAUGCGAUUUCUGACAUGCUCGUGAUCGAGGCCAUCUUGGCUCUGAAAGGCUUGACUGUGCAGCAGUGGGACGCUCUCUACGCGGAUCUUCCCAACAGGCAGCUCAAAGUUCAGGUUGCAGACAGGCAAGUUAUUAGCACCACUGAUGCUGAAAGGCAAGCGGUCACACCCCCAGGACUGCAGGAGGCAAUCAAUAACCUGGUGAAGAAGUACAAGCUGUCCCGCGCUUUCGUCCGGCCCUCUGGUACUGAAGACGUGGUCCGAGUGUAUGCAGAAGCAGACUCACAAGGCACAGAAAACCAUCUUCCUUUCUCCCAACUGUGACACUUGCUUUAAUGACAGUCUUGGGAUUGACUUCCACAUCACGGACUACCAUUAACUGGCUGACUGUACCAUCAAACUGCAAUUCAGUGGUAAUUAAAAGGCAUACAACAUUAUCCUGAAGUAAAAUGAGUAGAAUAUUGAACCCUGUACAUAACUAUUUUCCAAUGUAAGAGCACAAAGGUUUAUAUUCUUGUCCAGAUACACCUUUAAGAGGGAUUUUUACUGAGCUCCUGACCAAGAAUGACUUCUUUUAAUGUUCUGCUUUUCUUAAUCAGAACCACUUCCCUCAAUAAGAAAUAAAAAGUCAAGCAUGUUUCCACACAGACGAUUCUCCCUUCACUUCAACAAUCUAAAAGACUUCCUUCCUCUUUACCCCUCUUGUACUUGUUGAAAUUCAGACCUGGGUUUGUGUGUCAGUAUUUGGUCCCAAUGUGGCAACUUUUGCUGCCAUAUCACAAGCAUCAAAAAGCCACCCUCACCUGAUGCCUGGUCAUCUCCAAUCCCUCCAAAAUCACUGUCUUAAAGUCCUCCUCCUUGUCCUGUGGAAGGAAAGAGGAGAACUCAUAGCCUUUGUUCCAUGAAAAGGAUGCGUGGCCAUGAAGACCUUGUUUAGAGUGUUUUGGGGAAAUGCCUUCUAAUCAAAACUGUUUUCUUAUUCUGUGGAACAAGUUUUAGACAAAAGACUGCCAUGUUUAUUCCUUAGAUAAGGGAGGAGUCUUUAAAAAUGCUCAUUACUAAUGAGAUGCAGGGAUGACAGUGUGUAUGUGCUUGGGGUCAUAUAUAAUUCCCUUGUUACUGGAUUUGCUAUCAUGAAUAUUUUUUCAAGCCCUGUGAUAUCAGAAUAAAGUACUUAAGUCCUAUCCCAAACUCUACCCAACUUUCAUCUUUGUUUUUAUCCUUUCACUUGGUCCCUAAAGAAAUAACUUGAUUAUAAAUCAAGUUCCUUAUAUCUGUAAAGUACUUUUUAAUAAUUUUCCUCCCUUCCAUUUUCUACAGUUUGUGGAAUGCAGUUAGGAGCUGCUGCCUGAAUAGGGGACCCCAGAAAAGUGGAAAAUUUCUGAGCACUCAAAGCACAUUCUGAAAACUAGGACUCAAAAGACCACCCAGAUUAUCCCCAAAUUGUACAAUUUAUUUUUUAAAAUUUUGGCAUGCGAAGGGCAAGACCUCAAAAAAGGCCCACUGAUGAGCAUGCUCAUUUACUUCGUUACAGCUGACCCUUGACCAACACAGGUUUGAACUACAUAGGUCCACUUACACACAGAUUUUCAAUAAAUCCUGUAAUUUUUUUUUACUUCAAAUUUUAAUUUUCUUUUUGCUAGCUUUAUUGUAAGAAUACAGUAUAUAAUACAUGUAUCAUACAAAAUAUGUGUUAGUUAACUAUGUUAUUGGUAGGGUCAUUAGUAGGCUAUUAUUUAAGGUUUUGGGGGUCAAAAGGUAUACAUGUAGAAAAGGUAUAUAUGAAAAUCCCAAGGAUUUUCAACUGCAUGGAUGGUAGGUGCCCCUAAACCUCCAUGUUGUUCAAGGGUCAACUUGACUAUUUUCUUGGGUGAAGAUCUCUAAUUACAAUACUUACUGAAAAAUACAAAGUAUGUAACACAAUAUAAAUAAAUUUUACAAAUGUUAUCUUCUUAAAGACAAAGGAAAGAAUGCGAUCAAUACCUUUGCC